GUUCCAGGUGCUAAAACUUCACCAACCUUGGGCGGCUCAGUUGACCAUCAAUGUCUCGCUAUCACCAAAUGCCUCGUCCAGUAUCAAGCUCGAAUAUCUCUGCGCUGAGGCUGGGGACUCCUGAAGUGUCGGCAACGGUGAGGGAGCGGAGGGUUGCCCAGCUGCCGAUUUCUCAGAAUCUCGACGAGUUUGAAGUGACGCUCCAAUCGUUGCUGACGUCGAUAUCGAGAUACUCGCCGUCGGUAUCUGAUGCUGAGAAGCUGUUAGAGAUUGAGAGCCGGCUGACCGUGUCGUUGGAUAACAUCAUUGCCCAUCAGAGAGCAGGCCUUGACAUUGAUUCGCUAGAACAGCAAAGUUCCAUUUUGGACAGCAACUGUCGGGAGAUCAUCAUUGGCCUGAGUGAUUGCAGAAAGAAGUUGAUGGCACUUCCAAGCUUGGAGAGGGUUCAGAAUGAGAAGAAAAGCAUGUACGAUGAACAGAUAAAGGCUGAAGAUUUACUCUCGUACGCAAUGAAACUGGCAAAGUUCACCACUGCGCCUGCUACUUUUGAUUCUGGGGCCAUUGGCCCAAAUAACUUCAUAUGGCCAGCAGAGGAUUCUCUUAGAAGAGGGAUGCUCGCAAUAGCCUCGUUGAAUGAGGAUGAGCUCCUGGGAAUCAAACCAGAUGUUUCUAAAGAUGGGGAGAACAAUAAGGGCGAGGAAGAUGAAUCCACUCAAAAUAGACGUGGUUCAUUUGGUGCAUACGGAGGCAAUGACGACGGUGAUGAUGGUGCCAACGUCAUUGAGGAUCUGGACUUGUUCGAUAUGGAUGAUUGAUAAAGAUAAUAAUAAUAAUAAUAAUAGUAUUGAGAUAUUGCUUCCGUAUAUACAAGUUAACAUUUCAACUGCUUUCUCCCU